GUCAUUGGUGCAAAUAUUGCACAUCGGAUUGCAGUAUUGAAUGUGUAGAAGCGAUGCAAAAAUCUUGACAUAGACUUAAAUAAUAUAACUACCAUAAAGCAACAAUAUUUUUGAACAUAAAAGUUUUGAUUGAAUAGGGGGCACAUGUGUCUUUACAAGAUGGUUAAAUAUGGAAAGGUUGAGUGAUGCUGGUUUGUCGAAUGCGGAUUGAAAAGACGCAACUAAUGUAAAUGGGUCUAAAUGGUGUCCCGGCCUACUAAACGUUCAACCAUCGCCGUCUCUCCAAACCUUCCCACCGGACUCGACAACCGCCUGACCUCCUCAACCUAUAUUGUUACGCAAAGCAAUUUUCGGAGGGAUAAAUAUGGAAAGUUUGAGUGUUCUUGGAGAGCUGUCUGGUGGAUUGUUUAGCUUCUUUGACAGUAAUGAGUGAUCUCUUAACAUCAGUUCAUUUGGUUGAUCUUCUAGGUUGAUCUUCUAGGUUGACUUUUGAGUUGAUUAAAGAUAUACAGUGUCCCGGGCUCUCGGCCUACUAAACGCUCAACCAUUGUCGUCUCUCCAAACCUUUAAAUCGGACUCGACAACCGCCUAACCUUCUCCACCUAUACUGUUAUGCAAAGCAAUUUUCGGAGGGGUAAAUAUCGAAAGGUUGAGUCUUCUUGCUUGGAGAGCUGAAUGAUGGGUUAUUUAGUUUCUUUGAGAGCAAAGUGUGAUCUCUUAACAUCAGUUCAUAUGGCUGAUCUUCUACGUUGACUUUUGAGAUGAUUAAAGAUAAAUAGCUAUAAUUUUUGUUGCUUUUGUUAUGAUACCCCUGUUUAGUACCAUCAUUUUUCCGAUUUGAAAUGUUUUUGUGGUUAGUUUUAGUAAACAAUGACUAUUCUGAUUAGUGUUAACAUAGAGAAUAGCUUCAAUCAUAACACUUUUACACAAAAUUUAUAUGUAAGAGUUGAGAUCAUUUCCAAAUUAAACUAUUCAAGUUAUAAUGCUAAUCUUCAACAUAUAAAACAUGGUUUCUUUUGAGUGGAAUAACCUCAUGAUUGCAUAUAAGUAUUUACAAUAUGAUGUUUUGUGACAGUGUCACUUGCUUCCAGAUUUAAAAGUGGUGUUCUAAUUACUACAAUAUAAAAAUACGAGUGAUAACCAUAAUUGGAGCAGAUAGAAGAUGGUUUGAUAUCAUUCUCUCUGCAAGGAAUAAAUACAUUAUGAGAAUAUGUUGUCAUGGGAAGGACAAACCGAACUCUUUGUGUUUUUAGUAUAGCAUGUUGAGAAUAUUAUUGAAGGGAUUUUUGCUCCUCAAAGCCGGGUGCCAAGUAAGCUCUCUCCUUAAUCAUUAUAUUUUUCUUAAUUUGCAGAUGCACACCCUCAUAGGAAACAUGUACGGAAUUGUAAUUUGGGUGCUUCAUUAGUGUUGUUUCCAUAAGAUUGUAUUAUAUGAGGUGGUUGUUCUAGAAUUGUGAAUCAUGAUUUUAUCUCCUCUAAGAAAUUGUCAAGUGAAGCUAUAAAAGAGGUCAACUUGAGCUUCCUAUUUAAUUUAGAUGGUAAGAGAGCAAUGACUUACAUCAAAUUGAUUGGGGGUUGACAAUGUAUGGGAAACGGUUUAGCCUUCUUCAGCGCAUCACAAGAUCCUUAUAGUAUCUCAACCAAAGCAAUUUUCGUUUUCAUGCAUGAUAUUGAUACAAGUUUCUUACCUAGAAGAGAACCCCAACAAGUUAGCUCUUGGAGUUGUGAUGCGAAAAUGGGUGAGACAAAAAUGGUUUAUACAAAAGGUCAUACAAUGAUCGUAUAAAAUACGUGGGUAGAGAUAGUCAUCAAUCUCAUUUUAUUGCAGAAGCCACCGAGGAGAAGAGAGGAAUCGCCAUUGGUACUCUAAAUUUUACAAGACUAUUAUAAUGAUCAUUUCUUUCAUUUCAUGUAAAUUUGUAUUACGACUGAAAUGAUAUUAUCCCAAGCCAUAAAUUGCAGCAAGGAAUGGUAGUUUGAAUUAAUAUGCAAUGAUGCAAAAUGUCAUGUAGCUUCCACGAAAAAGGAGUAAGAGUGGACCAAUAAGUGUGUUUGCUGUAGAGAAGGAUAAGAAUCGUAAUAAUGGGGAGGUAUAUUGACAGAAGUUAUUAUCUGUUGGUGCUUCCAGACAUAUAUUGCUUGCCUGUUUCUUUUGUUUGUAUAUGACAUUUCUAAAGCAGAUUGCAUGCUUUGUAUUUCUUUUUUUUUUUUUGUCAUUUUAAUUAACAAAACUAUUUAUCAGAAAAAAAUUGACCGACGCAUUCCAUCGAGUUGAUUUAGACAUUGCUGGUUUUUGUUUUCUCAGCCAGAAAUUCAUCGCAUUUUGUAUCACUGUGGUUUUUGGUCUAAGGGCAAUCUAUAUUGGAUUUUUCUUAUGAAAUCUCUUGGUGACUUCCAUUUUUACCAUCGAUAGUUGGAGUCAGGUAAACAUUCCUUUAGUUUUUUCAUGUUCACUCUAGGUGCAUCAUGGUGCAUGGCAAUAGUGGCUAUAUUGAAGGCUAAUGGCUUGGUUUGGAUUGUCUAUUAUAGUGUUUAUGUUUUACUGUUUCUUUUGUAAUGCAAUGGAAUAAUGACUUUCCAUCAUAUUAUUAUGGUAUUGUUGACCUACCUCCUGUCAUCGCCACAUACAUGUUAACGAGUAACAUCAGUUACAAUCAAAAAGUCAAUUUCCGAGACUACAUCCGGCCAAGGGCCGGGCAAUGAGCUAGUAAAUAUAAUAUAACCCGAUUUUUAUCCUGUGAAUUUGAUAAAUACUUGACAAAAAUUAAUCCUAAAUUUAUAUUUCAACCGGUCGGUUUAAACUUGAAAAAGCAAUCCCUCUUUACUUCAUCGGGCCUUUAAGUAUACUUAGCCGGCCGAGGCCCAGCUCCAUCAUCCACUGCUGUUUCACACUAAGGCCCAAUUAAUUCACAGCAAACAGACCCAAACAUCCCGUAGGCGGGCUUUCGAACCAUAUUGCCAAGUCAUGCGAGCCGGGCCACACCAAUUAAACUGAUUGGACUUUCACUUCGCCCAACGGGAAAAAAGAUAACAGGGGAAAAAAAAAAUUCUCAUCUUCCGUACUUCUGAAUUUUCCUCGGUUGCUUUCGUCGCAGGCUCCCCAAUUCCCUCGUUGCGGAUCUGUCUCUCGAUCUGGUUGUCACUGAACAGUAUCUCCUCCAUUUCUCCAUUUUCGUUCCCGUUGUACUGUUCUCUGCUCUCUCUUUCCGGUGAAACCCUGCAAUGUCGACGAACGAAGAUCCUGAAUUUCAAGAUGCGAUAGAACCUCCCCCGGCUCCGGCUCCGGCUACAGAAUCUACAUCAACAGAGAAACAGGAAUCUUCACCGGAGAAUGUGCAGGUUUCGGUUGGGGAGCCAGAAUCCGAGGCUCUAGCGAAUCGAGAAUCUGAACCGGGGACAGAAGUGACAGAGGCCGAGUAUGAACCUGAGCCAGCACCAGCUCCAGUUCCACCAGCAAUGGCCGAUUCGGAUUCCAAGGUUGACGAGGAGAAGGAGUCAAAAGAAGCUGCAAUUCAUUCCAAUGGAGAUGCAGAAGCUCAGUCAAACGACCGAGCUCAGAUGAGAAAAGACGAAGGGAACCGGACGUUUACGAUGAGAGAACUGCUCACUGAGUUGAAAACCGAGGAAGGAGAAGAUGCUGGCUCCCCUUACAGUCAAGAAACCCCACAACAACAUGCAGCAGAGCAGACCAAUGCUGCCAUGGAGUUGAUAAAUAGUAUCACUGGUGUCGACGAGGAGGGUCGGUCGCGUCAAAGAAUUCUGACGUUUGCUGCAAAAAGGUAUGCCACUGCGAUUGAGAGAAACCCGGAUGACUAUGAUGCUCUCUACAAUUGGGCUUUGGUUCUUCAGGAAAGUGCUGACAAUGUUAACCCAGAAUCAACCUCACCUUCAAAAGAUGCUUUGCUUGAGGAAGCUUGCAGAAAGUAUGACGAGGCUACACGUCUUUGCCCGACACUUCAUGAUGCUUUCUACAAUUGGGCUAUAGCAAUUUCUGAUCGAGCAAAAAUGCGUGGCCGUACAAAGGAGGCUGAAGAACUCUGGAAGCAGGCAACAACAAACUAUGAAAAAGCUGUUCAACUUAAUUGGAAUAGUCCACAGGCGCUUAACAAUUGGGGACUUGCUCUACAGGAGCUCAGUGCAAUUGUUCCAGCUCGCGAAAAGCAGACAAUUGUGAAAACAGCAAUCAGUAAGUUCCGAGCUGCAAUAAGGCUGCAAUUUGAUUUUCAUCGAGCAAUCUACAAUCUUGGGACUGUUCUGUAUGGACUUGCAGAGGACAUGAUGAGGGCUGGUGCAGGAACGAAUCCUAAGGACAUUUCCCAUAAUGAGUUGUACAGCCAAUCUGCUAUAUACAUUGCAGCUGCACAUGCGUUGAAGCCAAAUUACUCUGUAUACAGCAGUGCUUUGCGGCUUGUCCGUUCCAUGUUACCACUGCCAUACCUUAAAGUUGGAUAUCUCACUGCCCCGCCAGCCGGACGACCCAUUGCACCUCAUAGUGAUUGGAAAAGGUCACAGUUCGUUUUGAAUCAUGAAGGACUUCAGCAGUAUAACAAACCGGAUCUAAAGCAAUCGCCACAAAGCCUGUCCCGGAGACCCGCAGAUGUUAUCAAUGGUAAAAAUGCUGUCAAAGUUGAAGUUCCAGAUAUUACUUCAGUGUCAGCAUGUGCGGAUUUGACGUUGCCACCAGGCCCCGCCCUUUGUGUUGAUACAAUUCACGGACCUGUUUACUUGAUUGCCGACUCAUGGGAGUACUUGGAUGGAUGGCUUGAUGCAAUUCGUCUCGUCUACACGAUCUAUGCACGAGGUAAGAGUGAUGUUCUAGCUUCCAUCGUAACCAGCUGAUCUAGGAAGUUCUCUUGCGUCCACCAAAAUCAUAGAACAUCAUUGUGAAAUUAUAGCUUCGUGCAUCUCAAUUCGAACUAGUGGAAUAACAAAAUUUGUAUAUUGUA